AGGCUGUUUACAAGAAGCGCAGAACAAGGGCAGGUCGGCCUGCAAGGCUGGGACGGGAGGCAGCGCUGCCGCCCAGGGGACCACGAUUGCCCGCACUUUGGACACCGCCAUCUACCUGCAAGACGGCGGAGGCGAGGAUGCUGCUGGCCUGGGUGCAAACAGUCCUUGUCAGCAACAUGCUCCUAGCAGAAGCCUAUGGAGCCAGAGGCUGCUUCUGGGACAACGGCCACCUGUACUGGGCGGACCAGACCUCGCCGGCGCCGGGCCUCCGCUGCCUUAACUGGCUGGACGCGCAGAGCAGCCUGGCGUUGGCCCCCGAGGCUGGCGCCAGCAACCACAGCUACUGCCGAAACCCGGACCAGGACCCGCGCGGGCCCUGGUGCUACGUCAGCGGCAAGGCCGGCGCCCCAGAAAAGCGGCGGUGCGAAGACUUGCGCUGCCCAGAGAUCCCUUCCCAGGCUCCACCAGCCCCCAUAACAGAAACGGAGGAGGCCUUUGAAGUGCCAGGGGAAGAUGAAGCACAGGUGUUCCCUCCUGCCAACGCCCUACCCGCCCGGAGGGAGGCAGCAGCAGUGCAGCCUGUGAUUGGUAUCAGCCAGCGGGUGCGGAUGAACUCCAAGGAGAAGGACCUGGGGACCCUGGGCUAUGUGCUGGGCAUCACCAUGAUGGUGGUCAUCAUCGCCAUUGGAAUUGGCAUCAUCUUGGGCUAUACUUAUAAGAGGGGGAAGGACUUGAAAGCACAGCAUGAACAGAAAGCGUGUGAGAGGGAGAUGCAGCGAAUCACCCUGCCCUUAUCUGCCUUCACCAACCCCACCUGUGAGAUCGUGGAUGAGAAAACUGUUGCGGUCCACACCAGCCAGACUCCAGUCAGCCUUCAGGAGGGCUGCACUCCCCUCAUGGACCAGGCUGGCACUCCAGGGGCCUGAGCACCCACAGUGGGCAGGAGCCUGUGAGACAGUGAUGUAGGACAGCCUACCCCCCACACUUUUUGUUGUGGUUAAAACCCUCCUUCCACUUUCUUUUGUGUGUGAGUCCCAGUAGCAGACAGAAACGGAUGGUGCUGUGGGCUAAGGGCCAGGCUGGGGAGGGUCCUGCCAGUGCUCCUUCUCCAACCCUUGGAGCAGGAUUUUGCCUGUGGAUGGCGCUGCUGACAAGGGCUUCCAGACAUUGCCUGCACCCCCAGAACCAAACCAGGGACAGACAGGGAGCCCCCCCAGGCUGCUCUGUGCUUUAUCAUCUGAGAUGGCCUCAGGCUCCACCUUCUCAUUUGUUCUUCACGGGCUUGAGUGACACACAAUUAUUCAUAGUCCAGGUAAGCAGGUCCACAGAGGAGGCAUUUUUAACAGUUUAAAAAAAAAACUCUUUGGGAUGGGAACUCCCUACUGACCUCUGAGAACCAGAAAUGAGUUUGUACAAAAGCCAGAACUGCAGGCCUAGAGCGGGACCCAGGCUGGGGGCUGCUGGGAGUGCUCCAGCCUGCUGGCAGUGAUGUGCCUUGUCAGCUGUGGGCUGGGCCUGGGCCCAGGGACUCUUCCUGUUUUGAAAAGAAAGGAAGGGAAGAACUGCACUGAACAUUCCACUUAGGAUGAGGGUAGAGAAGGAGCCACUCCUUGCCUUAAGGCUGCAAGGGCAGAGACAGCCCCAGACAGUGUCUCCUCAGGGGUGGACAGUGACCAUACUUCGUUUUGCAGGGGUAAGAGGGCAGCCAGCUAACCCGUAGGAGUUACACUGUGGGACCCUGUGAACUGCUUCUGAAAGGUUAACCUGGAAACUAAGCCCAGAGGCCAGGUGUAAAGUGCUUCAGGGCUUGUCCCUGAGGAGCCUAAGUUUGCAGGUGACCCUGUGGCUCCCAGGCCAGCACCUUUCAGUGGGGCUGGGGUCACAACCCCUAACUUGUAAAACAAUCAUAGAAUUAUUGAAGGGACCUACAGGUUCUUCAAGCCAUUUGGACACAGGGAACAUGAUAGAGCAAGCUACUGGCGUGGCCAAGAGAACUCAGCUUGCUGACUGGGUGCAGAAUUUCCCCACCGCACUGUACUGGGGCUCAGCAGGGUCUCCACACCCUGCUGUCUCACUCAGAGGCCUUGACAGUGUGCCCCACCCAUACAGCUUCCUUUCCAAAGCCCUUCCACUUCCAUUUGAACUCCAGUCAGGUGGGGAGGGAGGCUAGCAUGGCUUAUUCCCUUCAGCAGGCUGUUCCUUGGGGCUGUUUACUGAGGGACCUAGGCCUUGGGGUGGUCCUUUGGUGGUAGUGAUGCUGGAGAAGAAAUUACUGGUUUCCACUUUUCUAAAAAAGCAUUUCUCUGUAUAUGUUUUAUAUACCUCGUUCUGACACCUGUAUAUGAAGUGCAGGAAAUUGCUCUUCAUCUGACUUAUAUAAAUUAAAAACAAAAUGAAAAAGG